AUAUGCUAGUGCAUACACAAAGCGAAGGAGAGUUCAGUAUGAUUUCGUCACGACAGGAAUAGCGUUGCAUCUUGAGCAUAUUUUGAGCAGCUAAUUAUUCACUCGAGACAACGACUCUCCGCCGGUUGCCGCCGCUGUCUUCGCCUCGCCUCCCGGCUCCCGGCUCCCCCUGCCGCUCCUCACGCCUCACGCCGCACGCGUUUGAUGUGGUCGCAUCUGCGCGGAUCUCGUCACGCUCUGGCGUCGGCUCCUCCGCCGCUCCGCCGGUCGAAAGUCGCCGGCCUCCGGCAUUGUCGCGCCGCACGGCUGCCGCCUGCCGGGAACUCGUACGCUUGGGGGCGAAUUUGAUAAGUCCCUCUCAACUUUUGUUUGCUCUCUACAGAUUCGAAGUCCAUCUAAUCCCAACUUUGUUGAAUUGUUUUGACUCGUUAGCAUCUGAAAUCUCGCUGUCUUCCCUCUUUUUAGUGCGCAUGGUUGCAACGAAAGAUCCACCAUAUAAUCACGAAGAAACGACAAGGCUGAAUACUUCGUUUGGAGCAUAUAGCAUAUUAUAGCAGCAACUGUGUGAUGUGAUGAUACUAAAUUAAUUAGUCCAUCUAGUUGCAGAAUUAACUAAUUGAUUUGGACCAGGCUAAUUAAAGUAGCAUAUUAUAGCAGCAACUGUGUGAUGUGAUGAUACUAAAUUAAUUAGUCCAUCUAGUUGCAGAAUUAACUAAUUGAUUUGAACCAGGCUAAUUAAAGAUAAACAAGCUAGGAAUGGAGAAGAUGACUUUUUGUCAUUGGGGGGAGACGACUCUGUACAUAGCUGUAUAACUACUGAAGAGUAUUCCCAUGUCGACCUGGGCAGGGCAGCCAUCAUCCACCUCGCAUCCAACUUGUGAGCAGUAAGUGGAAGAGAGAGAGCUUGCACGUAGUGGUGCUGAUGGCAUCGUGGAGCAGCGGCGAUGACACGAAAGAAAAUGCCGUGCAAGUGUCGGUGGAUGCCAAACUGACGGUGGCCGCAGGCCGUGGCAACUGUCAGCAGUUGAAGGAUCUGCUGAGCACGGAGGAUUCAAAGACAAUGCUGGUUGUGAUGGCCCCAAGCAUCCAGGCUUCCACAGUGAAGCCUCUCCCAGAGGUCAUGAACCCCCUUCUUCUAUCAUCAGCUUGCUCUGGCGCCUGGCAAGACUUGGAGUUUCUUCUCAACAGGGGACACGGUCAGCCGCAUCCUUCCAUGAAUUCUAGCACAAAAUUUCAUGACCUGCUCACGGCAUACGGCUCCGACAGCUGCGGCAACAAAGGUACGUCGAUGCAGAAAGCUUCUGAUGAUGUUGAAGCACUUCCGAACCUGCCUUCACUUUCUGCUGUGUCACUUCUGGACGGGGUCACCAUUGAAGGGGGCACUGCACUUCAUGUGGUGGCCACAUAUGGUGAGAGUGACGGAUUCUUGAGGAGUGCUGACAUCAUCCAUAGUAAGGCAAGGCAUCUCCUGUUUGCGCGUAACAAGAACGGUGACACGCCCUUGCACUGCGCUGCACGGGCUGGGAUGUCCCGAAUGGUCUGUCAUCUCAUCACUUUGGCGAGAGACGAGAAUACAGGUCUUAACAGAGUGAAGGAACUCCUAGAGAUUGAAAACAGCCAUAAGGAGACAGCAUUGCAUCAAGCAGUCCGUAUCGGAAAUAAUGAUAUAGUCAAGCUGGAGGAAAACUCGGAGCUGGCCAGUUUCCCGAAAGACGGCACUUCACCUCUGUACCUGGCCAUCUUGUUGGAAGAGGACAUCAUUGUUGAGACACUUUAUAAUGCGAGUCACAUGAAACUUUCCUACUCUGGAAAAAAUGGACAGAAUGCAUUGCAUGCGGCGGUUCUCCGAGGCACAGAGCUUACAAAAAAGCUCUUGGAAUGGAACAGUGAUCUCACUACACAAAGGGAUGAAAACGGGAGUACGCCUCUCCAUUUUGCUGCAGCUCUGGCACAGCAAAGUCAGCGAGGAAGUAUAUGUUGGCAAGUAUUGGAAGCGAACUCAGCUGCAUUGUAUCAGUCAGAUUGCAACGGAUUAUUUCCAAUACACGUUGCUGCCUCUGUUGGUGAAAGUGGGACAAUAACUAUGUUUCUUAACAAGUCUCCAAGCAGUGCCGGUUUGCAGGACAGUAUGGGAAGGACAUUCCUUCAUGUAGCUGCUGAGAAAAGGAAAGUUAGAAUAGUCAGUUCUGCUUGCAGAAAUCGACCACUCUUAUGGAUUCUUAAUAUCCAAGACAAUGAUGGGAACACUGCACUACACCUAGCUAUCCAGGCACGGAGUCUUCGAAUGUUUUGUGCUUUGUUAGGGAAUCGACACACACAUUUGAAUUUAUCAAAUAAUAUUGGGCAAACUCCUCUAGAUAUAUCCCCAUAUGGGGUUCCCCCAGGAUUUUUUGAUGAUCAGAUCAGUGAAGCAAAGAUACACUUUGCACUGACAGUUGUUAAUGCUAGGAGUGGUGGCAGUCGUCGUGAUCACUUUGAAGAAAACUACACUCGUCAGUUAAAAUAUGAUGAAACGGAACAAUUAGAAAAGGCAAAAGAACCAACACAAACACUAUGUAUUGGUGUGGCUCUAAUCGCAACUGCGACAUUUAGUGUUACUUUUGCCCUUCCUGGAGGUUACAAAGCUGAUGAACAUGUUAAUGGAGGCACACCAACACUUGCUGGGACGUAUGCAUUUGAUGCAUUCAUAAUAGCCAGCACAUUCUCCUUCGUCUUGUCUGCGAUGGCUAUGGUAGGCCUCAUGUAUUCUGGAUACUCUAUUUUAAACCCACAGACUCGUAGAAUUUACUUAAUGACGGCCUUGUAUUUUGGGUCAACAUCGGGCACAUGCUUCAUAACAACUUUUGCACUAGGUUUGUACAUGGUGCUAGCACGAGUUGCUCACAAGUCUGCAGUUGCUAUCUGCGUCAUUAGCCCCCUUCUUGUUAUAUGCAAACAAAUGGACUUUUGGUUAAAGUGGGCUCUUCUGGCACAACCAUUAUAUACUCGAAUUGGGCUAGCUCGUACACUGGUAAUGGUAACAACGAGAAUCCUUUUCAGCCUGUUGAUGGAAUUUUGGCCCAUAAUAUUCAUUUUUGUUUGGGCCAUAUAUACAAGCAACCAGUUUUAGAAAUGGAGCAUAUACAACUACCAGCACUCAUGACUUGAAGAAGCAUCAAACACAGAACUUCUUCCGUGAGAUGUUUUCAUGGACGUCCUGGAGAUUUGGGAUUCAGGAUUUACUGUAGUCGUCAGUCUAUUUUUCUCUUUGGAAUCUUUUUGUAUGUUUGAAUAACGUUAUGUUGUGAUGUACCGUUUUGUUCAACAAUUUGUGCUCAUAAUCAUGUAAAUGCUGAUUACC